AUUUGACGUGAUGUGUCAGUUUUUGUGCAGCCUUAGCGAAAACAACUUUUUGUUAAACAAAAAUAAGUUUAACCAAAGUUAGGUUCGACAAAAUGAAGCAUUCAACUUCACCUACGCCAUCAGUGACCGGUUCCAGCUAUGCCCCGUCAUAUACAACGUCCCGCGGACAAUCGCCCUUACCACCGCCAGCGAAUCACACAAGAAACUGUCUAUCUGCAACAAGCAAAAGCUACAAAUAUUUACGGCGACUAUUAAAAUUCAAUCAGAUGGACUUCGAGUUUGCCGUAUGGCAAAUGAUUUACUUGUUUAUAUCCCCACAAAAAGUAUACAGAAACUUUAAUUACAGGAAGCAGACCAAAUCACAAUUUGCCAGAGAUGAUCCUGCCUUCCUAGUUUUAUUGGUGGUAUGCCUAUGCGUGACCUCGGUCGUGCUCGCAUGGACAAUGGGACUAAACUUCUUGCAGAGUGUAUCCUUCAUUUUAUAUGUAGUUUUGGUGGAUUGUAUAUUUGCGGGCAUUAUAGUUGCUUCAUUCUUCUGGUUAGUGACGAAUCGUUACUUGCGCAGCAGUAGUCUUGAACCAGAUAUCGAAUGGGGCUAUGCUUUUGAUGUACAUCUAAAUGCUUUCUUUCCUCCAUUAAUACUGUUGCAUUUUGUGCAAUUGUUUUUCUAUGAAUGGGUUAUAAGCCAGCCGUGGUUUUUCGCACGAUUACUGGGAAACACAUUUUGGCUUUUGGCAUUGGGUUAUUAUGUCUAUAUAACAUUUUUGGGCUAUAACUGUAUCCCCCAUUUGAAGAACACGCGUCUGAUUCUCAUCCCAUUACCUGUCAUAUUUUUAUUCUAUCUGGUUACUGUGAUCAUUGGUUGGAAUGUGACCAUUUCGUUUAUUAAUUUCUACAAGUUUCGUGUAUACUAAAUGAUUGCAAUAAUAAGUUAUAAGAACAUAUGUUCAUGAAAUAUUAAACAAAAGAAUGUUUAUAAUAUAUAUAAGAACACACUGAUUACAUAUGUAUUUAUGUAACAAAGCGUAAUUUUUAAAUACAAUAAUAACUAAAGCAACAAAGUAAUAAGAAAAUAUUUAAAAAAACUAU